CCUUCAGACACCAACACCACGCUGCUGUUCAAGACUGUGACGACAAACACUGGCAAUACAUACGACAAAGAUACAGGUACGACUCACCUGGACAACUCAGGUCAUCAGAGGUGAUUUGAUUUUAAAGGUUCCAUACACUGAUUUGUAGUUGCUAUAAACUUGGAGGAUAUGAAGAUAUCCAUUCUGUCAUUCCUUAAGACCCCCCACAACUAGAUAUCCUCCUAGCUUUGUAGGUGAGUCAUUGAGAAGGAGCAGCUGCCUCUCAGUCCACCAGGUUUAUUUAUUUUCUAGAGCUGCUUCUGCUAACUUUAAAAUGUCUCAGCUGUCAACAAAACACAUCAAAUGUUCUGCUGCUGGCUACAAGAGUGAACACAAGAGUCUUCAUACAGUUCCAGCAUCUGAGUGCAGGUUACUGUGUGUCCACAUGGGGGAACUGCAAGACAGACUGUUCAACUUUGUUUUAUCAGUCUAUCAAAGUUGACUUAGUAUCUUUAGAUGGAGAUGACUAAAUGCUGGAGAACUACAAAACAUAUAUUUUGAAGGAGAUACUUCCACUGCAGUCCGUGUGAUGGAUUUAACUCCUCAAAAAGACAAAAAUCAAAACAUCAUUGAACGUCCAGAAGCCUGGAGGUCGGUGGCUGAAGGACCAGGGGUUGGCGAGCCGGGGGGUGCAGUUCUCGGUGUCCGACACUGGGUGCUGCUUGUGAGGGAAGUGCUGCUGCUGCUGCUGCUGUGGUGCAGAAAGGAGGGAGACGGAGGUGCGACGUGGAAAGGCAGAGCGGCUCUCAGGUCCUCUGAGUGAAACAAAUGAAAUCCAGCGACACAAUGAGAGCAGACGGUCCGCUUUCAGUGGGAUCCAACACCGGAAUGAAGCCUCUCAGCAGUCAGCCGAAGCACAUGUGUUAGGAAGAAAGUCGUCGCCAUGGACGGGGGGCUGAGCGUUACUUUUAUAUCUGUUGCGAUGUUUGUAGGAUCCUUUUUACUUGGAUUCAUCCCACUGUUGUUCAGACUCUCUGAGAAAAGCCUGCAGUUUGUCUCCAUCCUGGGUGCAGGUCUGCUGUGUGGGACAGCCCUUUCCAUCACCAUCCCUGAGGGGGUGGGCUUACUGGAGGAAUCCUGGAGAGAAUCCUCCUCCUCCUCCUCUGAUGAGCUGUCCGGUCUGAAUGCCAGUGAAAAAAAUACAACAUCCACAGAGAGAGGCCUUCCACCCCGGUUCUUCAUCGGAGUGGCUUUAACUUUGGGGUUCACCUUCAUGUUUGUUGUCGAUCAGAUUGGAAGCUACUGUUUUAUGCGCGACCAAAGGUCUAGUUUGCCCAACAGCGUCCACAUCACAGCCACACUGGGGCUGGUUAUUCAUGCUGCAGUUGAUGGAUUUGCUCUGGGUGCUGCUGUGGCCACAGGCCAGGUGACCGUACAAGUCGUUGUAUUUUUAGCUGUGAUUCUACACAAGGCGCCUGCUGCUUUCGGUUUGGUCUCUUUUCUGAUGCAUGCAGGUCUUGAAAAGAAAUACAUUCAGGGACAUUUACUGGCCUUUUCAGCCGCAGCACCUAUACUCGCUAUCACCACUUACUUCACAUUACAUGCAUCUGGCAGCUCAGCAGAGAACCAGCUCAGUGCAACAGGAGUGGGAAUGCUCUUCUCAGCUGGGACGUUCCUCUACGUGGCCACAGUGCAUGUUCUUCCUGAGGUCAGCAGCAGGACAAGCCAACCCUCCUCUGACCAGCAGCAGCACGAUGGAGCUGAGACCCACCAGCAGCGACACCUGGGGCUGCUGGAGAGCCUCACUCUCAUCCUCGGUGUAGGGGUUCCAAUGGUGUUGGCCCUGGGGUUGCAGGAUGAUUAAGAAGGGAACCUUGGGGCUAUUAGGUUUAGUGCAAAGGGCAUAAUGCAACCAGAUCUCAGUGGUGAGUUGUCUAAUACUACACUGUACUGUAUAAACUAUCUGUAAGCCACAAUGAUUAAGAAAUGAAAUGUGCCUUGGAAGAAAGUUUACCCUUAUUGUGUUCUGAUAUCAGUGAAACCUGCCUUUGAGUCCACUGGUAUUGUUUGUUCCCAGUAGUGACCUCGGUGUACUGAGUUUGAGUUUCAAGACAACAAAAAGGGUGUCAUUUGUUGUCAUGGCACUCUGAGGACAUGAUGUUCAGAGGUGAAAUCCCAGAAACUGGAUAGAUUUACGGGAACAACUGAAUAAUUUGAUGCUAUCUCUUAGACAAUAGGAGAUCUAGGCCAUACACUUUAACCUGCACAGUUGGGAGUCUGAAAGCAGAUUUUCAGCUUGUUGAUGUGCAAUAGUACAAAUUACCAAGAUGUGAAAUUUUUUUGCAACUUUAGAAUUAGUUUUAUAGUUCUGAUGCUAAGAGUUAUUUUUUUCUUCAGAUUAACUGAGAAAGCGUUUUGGGUUUGCAACAUCUUCAGGAACACAUAGAAAGUCGAGCUCCUGUACAUCUGUUACAGUGGACAUAAGAAGUAUUCACCCCUUUGGAAGAUUUCCUCUUUUAUUGCUUUUAAAUUGACCAUGGUUCAGCACUGAAUCACGGUCAGUUUAAUUAGAUAAGAAUUUAGCAAAAUAGGUUAUUUUAUGUCGAAGUAAAACAAGCUUCUACAAAGUAAUGUCAGUUAAUUUAAAAUAUAAAAUCUGUGAAGCAUGGUGGUGGCAUCAUGAUGUGGGAAUAAUUCUCAGCAGCAGGAUGUAAAGUGCACGCAGCAAAGUAAAGGGAAAUCCUCAGGGACAAAAGAUACAGUCCGCAAGACAACUCCAACUUGGAAGAAGAAUUGUUUUUUCAGCAAGACAAUAUGACCCAAAUCAUACAGCUAAAACUACACAGACCUGGCUUUAAGACAACCAUGUGAGUGUACUGGAUUCUUUGAGACAAAGCCUAGACCUCAAUCUAACUGAGAAUUUGUGGCUGGACUUGAAAACUUAUGACCCCCGUGCAACCUGGCAAAGCUUGAGCAGUUUCAUAAAGAGGAAAAUUGCUGUAAUUGCAGCUAACUGUGAGUUUACUAAAAACUGACUUCUUUUUACAUAUUUUAUGUCUUUAAUUUACUGACAUUUUUGACUUUGAUAUGAAUUUUUUUUGGAAAUUCUUGUCGAAAAAUAUAAUAUUCAGCAUUAUUCAGGGGUGAAACGCAAUAUAAAGAGAAAACUUCCAACUAGGUCAAUACUUUUUAUAGGCACUGUAAAAGACACACGAGCCAGAAAGAAACAGGCCGCUUACAGGAGGUAUUUCGCAUACCAGGUUAUCAAAUGAACUUUAAUCCUCACAUGUUCCAGAGUUUUUACCUGUGACACUUUAGGAUGGUCUAACUUUUACCAACUCCUGCUGUUUCUCUUUUACUUCCUCCUUAGCACACACAAAACAUGAAAUACAUGAAAUAAAAACACACUCUAUUUGC